CCGGCCUCCUGCCACCAUGGACCCCCGCCCACUCACCUGGGCCCUGGUGCUGCUCGGCCCGGCUCUGGCGCUCGUCCUGGGCUCUGCGCCCACUCCGGAAGCGCGGGAGAAGUUGUGUGGCCACCAUUUCGUGCGCGCCCUGGUGCGGUUGUGCGGGGGCCCACGCUGGUCCUCCGAAGACGGGCGGCGGGUGGCUGGCGGCGACCGUGAGCUGCUGCAGUGGCUGGAAGGACGACAUCUCCAUGGGCUGGUGGCCGAAGGGGACCCCAUGCUGGUUCUCAUUCCACAGCCCCUGCCCCAGGCCUCUCGCCAUCACCACCGCCGGCGGGCAGCGGCCACCAACCCUGCCCACCACUGCUGCCUCAGCGGCUGCACCCGGCAGGACCUGCUGACCCUGUGUCCUCACUGAACCCCCCCCCCCCCAGUGUGGCCUCAGGGGAUCCAGACCCCAGAGGGGUCUGGUCUGGUGAGCUCCUGAAGACACACAGCACCACAAAGCCCUGUCUGGGAGGAUGGUGAGGAUGACCUCCCUGUGUUCCCCACCUCCCCGAGGCCACCUUCCUCUGUGGGGCCAACUGCGAAAAAAUCACACCUCCACCCUGGCUUGGAAGAGCCUUGGUUUCGCAGAGAUGCCAGAUACUCAGGGCCAAAUGUCCUCCCCUCCGAGGAGCCCCAGGUGCCACCCCCCCUUGAGGUCUCCCCAGUGGUAAAUAAAUGAAG